GUUUCAUGGAACAUUAUAUUUUAAUAUUGUUGCUUUAUUGAUAUAAAGGGAAUUUUUAAAUUAGGAUUUAAUUGUUAAAAAAAAUCAGGCGUUAGAAAGAGCUGACUCUAAGGUGCUUUCAUGAUUCAAUGAUGGAGUCGUUUUCUCGUUGCAUGGAUGUGUUGACAGCUCAGUUUAAAGUGCUUUUAAGUCUCAAACUAAAGUACAGUUUCAUCUGAAGGAUACUUUUUUUUUUUUUUACAUUAAUUCUCUUUUAUGACAAGGGAGAGAUUGCAGCAUGUCUGCUUUAUCACCAUUCGUUUGGACUAAUUUCAAGUUGAGAUCACAGAUUAUGGGGACACUUCUUCAAAAGAGGGUCUCUGUUUGUCCAAACACAGACUCAAAAAGGCAGCACAGCUCUGGACCCCACAGAAGGAGAGUUGUUAUUACUGGGAUAGGGUUGGUGUGUCCUCUGGGAACUGGGACUGCACUGCCCUGGGACCGGCUGGUCAAAGGUCAGUGUGGGAUUGUGUCUCUGGACUCAGAGGAGUAUAAGACAGUCCCCUGUAAAGUUGCAGCACUGGUACAGAGAGGAGAUGGAGCGGGUCGCUUCAAGGAAGACAGGUUCGCCUCUCGUGGGGAGAUCAACAGCAUGUCACCAGCCACUGUGAUGGCCCUCGGCGCCGCUCAGCUGGCUCUGGAGGACUCAGGGUGGCACCCAGAAACCCCAGAGGAGCAUCUCAACACCGGGGUGGCUGUCGGCAUGGGCAUGGUGUCUCUGGACGAGAUCGCUCGCACCUCUGCCGCUUUCAAAGAGAGAGGAUACAACAGAGUCAGCCCUUUCUUUGUGCCUCGCAUCCUGGUCAACAUGGCGGCCGGCCACAUCAGCAUCAGACACGGACUGAAGGGUCCCAAUCACGCGGUCUCCACGGCGUGCACCACCGGAGCGCACGCCUUGGGCGACGCAGCCAGGUUCAUAGCUCACGGGGAUGCGGUUGCCAUGGUAGCAGGGGGAACAGAGUCAUGCGUGGGCCCUCUGUCCGUGGCCGGGUUCGCCAGGGCACGGGCCCUCGCCACCAAGUGGAACGACAGUCCCGCGCGGGCGUCGAGACCCUUUCACCCGGAGAGGGAGGGCUUCGUGAUGGGGGAAGGAGCGGCGGUGCUCCUCCUGGAGGAGCUGGAGCACGCGGUGAGGAGAGGAGCGAGGAUGUACGCGGAGGUGCUCGGGUACGGACUCUCGGGGGACGCCAGCCACAUCACAGCGCCCGCUGCGGACGGCGAUGGGGCGUUCAGAUGUAUGGCUGCAGCACUCAGAGAUGCCGGCGUCGCGCCAGCGGAGGUGACGUACGUAAACGCCCACGCCACCUCCACACCUUUGGGCGACGCAGCUGAAAACGCCGCCAUCAAGAGGUUCUUCUGUGAUAACCUCGAACACCUGGCUGUGUCCUCCACAAAGGGGGCCACGGGACACCUGCUGGGGGCCGCAGGAGCCCUGGAGGCAGCUUUCACUGCUUUGGCCUGCUACCACAGGGUCCUUCCCCCGACCCUGAACCUGGAUCGCACGGACCCAGAGUUUGACCUGAAUUAUGUUCCCUGCACAGCUCAGACCUGGCAGACUCGCCGACGGGUCGCCAUCACAAACUCGUUCGGAUUUGGAGGCACCAACGCCUCAUUGUGUCUGGCCAGCGUCUGAUGUGCAGCCUAAAUCUCAUUCCUCGGUUAUCGAGUUUCACUGACUGAAUGUUUUUUUGCAGGAUUGGUCUUCUCUACUUUAUGUUUGUGUGUGGAAAACGCUUGACGUGACACUUCAGAAUUAAAACGGCAAACAUUAAACUCAGAGA